AUGGCGGAACUUGCAGCCCUUAGUGUCGCUGCUAGCAUUCUUCAGGUUAUCGAUAUCAGCGUUAGGGUUGCUGAGCGUCUCAAUGAAUAUCGCAAGAAAGAGGACAGUCUGCCCACUGCUUUCAAACAUGUCAGCACCCGACUACCUAUCUUUGUUCUUAAGCUUCGAGAUACGAAUGCGAAAGUUGAGGAUAUGACAGAUGAUGCAAGGAGAGCAUUAAAGCCCGCGAUCGAAGAGUGCUUCAAUCAGAUCAAGAAGUUGGAGACGAUAAUUGACAAGGUUUUGUUUAAACCUGGUGAUAAAGGAGCUACACGUAGCUGGAAGUCCAUCAAAAGCGUUAAAUACGACAGCGAUGUGAGCGAGCUAGAUAAAGUCAUUCGGAGAUACAUGGAAGCCAUGAACUAUGGCCUAUCGAGCGUGGCACUCCAUUCGAGUAAUGAGAAAUCCUCACUACAACCAACAAGCACUUGUCCAUUUGAGCGAGAGGCGGACUUCGUGGAGCGAGACGUCAUGUGUGACGUUACGACGCGAUGUCAAGCCGGGUCAAGGUCAGCUUUGAUAGGUAUUGGCGGCGCUGGCAAGUCACGCAUAGCUAUCGAAUACAGCUAUCGCGUAAGAAAAGCCGCACCGGAUACUUGGGUGUUUUGGGUGACAUUCGAUACGCCAGCCACUGUCGCUCAGGACUUCCGGAAGAUAGCGAAGGCAGUCGGUCUUCGAGGCUGGGACGAGAAAGCGGCAGACAUCUUUACUAUGGUACAUGAUUGGCUCAAAGACGACUCUAACGGUCCAUGGACCCUGAUCCUGGAUAAUGUCGACUCUGUUGACGUUCUGACUGCGCCUGCCCCAAGAGUCACAUCCAGUAAUAGCAUUGACGAUGAUUCAUCCAUGCCGCAGAUUCGAAACUUUAUCACUACUUCGACAAAAGGGUCUAUUCUCGUCACAUCAAGGAAUAUCGAGGCUGCGCAGAUGAUCACCGGAAACUGCGCAUACCACAUUGAUGUCGAUGAGAUGAAUGAGUCUGAAGCGAUUGCUCUCUUGAAGAAGAAGCUCAGCAGCAAGGUUAUCUAUACCGAAGCUGAAGCUGCUGAGCUUGUCAAGUCAGUCGACUUCAUGCCAUUAGCAAUAUCUCAAAUUGCGACAAACAUCAGCAUGAACUAUCCACGCCUCACACUUUCGAAGGCCACUGAGAGAAUUCAGGCACCGAGUGAAGAAACAGUGCAGCUCUUAGAAACAAGUGCGCACGAAACAAGUCGAGAUACUAGAAGGACUAACUCGAUUGUCAAGACUUGGCACCUAUCCUUUCAGUAUGUGCGCCAAACGCAUCCUUCGGCUGCAAGACUUCUGUCGCUGAUGUGUUUGUUCGGUCGACAGGGCAUUCCGGAAACGCUUCUCACCGGUCAAUAUGGCGAGGAAGUAACCGCCUCAGCAACCCCACUUCAGCCCCGCCUGAAUUGGUGGAAGCGAAUCAGACGGCGGCGAUUAUACCUAAGGCGACGCCAGCGUGUGGCUCAGCAGAAGGCAACUGGUAGUAAAACCACCACGUCUGCUUGUUUCGACGAGGAUUGGAGAGUGCUUACAAACUUUGCGCUUAUCAGAACGAACAUCGACGGAUGUCAUUUCAGUAUGCACAGGCUAGUGCAAUACACUACUAAGAGGUGGUUGGAGAUCAACCGAGAGCUGAAGGCCUGGAUGCAAAGAUAUGUCUCCAUCAUUCGAGAUUGCUUUCCGAAGCCAGAACACGACAAUUGGCAGGUUUGCCAGUACCUCUUCCCGCACGCUCAGCAGGCCGCCAGCUACCGGCCAGAGGAUAGAGUCUUGCUUCUGACGUGGGCACCCCUUAUCCAAAUGAUAUCACGAUUUGCAUAUGUGAUAGGGGAUUAUAGCUCAGCGGAGGAUCUGGGUCGCACGGCACUGGCAACACUGGAAGAGGUUCAAGGUCCUCAUUGUGAAGAUACCCUUCGCAGUUACCACCAACUCGGUCUAGCGAUCAGCGUUCUCAAUCGACAUAACGAAUCGGAGAAGAUGUUUCGAAGGGCACACGAAGGCAGACUGACUUUGCUGGGCUCCGACCACUUGGAUACACUAGACAGUGCAAAUCAGCUGGGAGCACGAUUGAACAAGCAGGGAAAGUACGAAGAAGGCGAGGCCAUACACAUGCGCACGAUUGAGGGAUACGAAAGAGUUUAUGGACCUCGCAGUAUCGAGACGCAGUCGCUCAUGGCCGGACUUGCGCUCACAUACAUGAACAACGAGCGUUUCGAGCAGGCUACAGCGAUCCAUCGACGAGUGCACGCUAUACAGAAAGAAGCUUAUGGCGAAGAGACCAAUGAUACAUACCAGGGCUUACGUGCUUUGGGCGCCUUGCUCAACAUGCAAGGCAAAGCCGCCGAAGCCGAGAACAUACAUCGUCAGGUUGUAGAGUACAGGACGAGAACAUCUGGACUGGACCACUCGGAGACAAUUAAGAGUGUGAACUUUCUAUGCGAAUCGCUCAUCAAGCAACGCAAGCUGGACGAGGCAGUGGCGCAAUAUCGUAGCGUCAUCGACAUAUAUACCGACCUCGAUGAGAAGGCGCGACAAGAAGCCUUGCUGACAAUGAAUAGUCUCGCUGAGACGCUUGUCCAACAAGGCCAUCUCGAUCAAGCGGAAGCUGUCUGCCGUCGCCUCGUUUUGGAGAGUGAAAGACUGCUGGGAGCUGAUGACUGUGAUACCUUGAUUGGUGUUCAUACGCUCGCAGACACCCUUUCCAAGCAAGAGCGAUAUGGAGAGGCUCUACAAUUAUAUGAGCGGGCUUACAUUGGUACCGAGAAGCGUUGUGGCGCAGACCAUCCUGACACGAAAGAGUUUUUGGAAGAUUUCAAUCGUGCGAAGAGGACCAUGUUAGUGUAG